GCCAAGACACAGAAGGAAGCAGGCGAUGUGAGAGAGAGAGAGAGAGAGAGAGAGGGUAGUCUCGCCCUCCUCACACACUACGCGUACCCUACGGGACCAUCGUCCUCCCCUUCAAAUUUGAUCUUUUUUCCUCGACGACACGAUCCGACUCUACCGCUCCUUCGCCCCCCCCCCUCCCCCUCCUUUCCUUUCCUCCAGCUUACUCUGAGCCACCAAAUCUCAUGGAAAUGGAGGAUCAUCACCAUCAUCAUCAACAGCAGCAACAGCAUCUCGAGUAUGAUUCUAUGGGGGAUCUCAGGCACCUCGUGAAUGCACCGCGGUCGUCACUCUCAGCGGACCUCUUCCCGCCCCACUCGAAUUUCACACCCGCUCACCACUAUGAUUCCAUGGCCUUCGCUCGUCAUCAACUGAUGGCUGAUAUCAUGCCUCGUGGCCUUCACCAUCCUACUGUUCUUAAUACUAGCAUUUCUGCGGCCACUCCAACCGCCGUCACUGCCACUACUCCAACGCUUAGCGCCUUUGACGCUGAUGCUUCGGGUUGUUUCCCAGGAGACUCCUCCACGGCUCGGUGGCCCAGACAGGAAACUCUUACACUUCUCGAGAUCAGAUCUCGUCUUGACUCCAAGUUCAGACACGCCAAUCAGAAGGGCCCCUUAUGGGAUGAACUUUCUAGAAUCAUGUCCGAAGAAUAUGGAUAUCAAAGGAGCGGCAAAAAAUGCAGGGAAAAAUUCGAGAACUUGUAUAAAUAUUACAAGAAAACAAAGGAAGGUAAGGCAGGAAGACAAGAUGGGAAGCAUUACAGAUUCUUUCGUCAACUUGAAGCUUUAUACGGAGAAAACACCAACCCAACCUCAGUCCAAGAAACCAAUUUUGGUAGCAGCAGUCUUCACUUUCAGACCCCUUCCCAGACAAAUCAAGACAUUUUUAAUAGACACUGUGAUAGCGUCAGCCUCACUAAUAACUCCGCUGAGCUGGACACAUCAUCAUCGGAUGAAAAUGAUUCAAUGGAGAAGAGGAGAAAGAGAGGAGGAAGAAACUGGAAAGCAAAGAUAAAAGAGUUGAUAGACUCAGAGAUGAAGAAGGUGAUGGAGAAACAAGAGGCAUGGUUGGAGAGAUUAAUGAAGACAUUGGAAGAGAAGGAAAAGGAGAGGGCGCUGAGAGAGGAAGAAUGGAGCAGACAAGAAGCAGCCAGGUUAGACAAGGAGCAUAAGUUUUGGGCUAAAGAAAGGGCAUGGGUUGAAUCCAGAGACGCCGCUUUAAUGGAGGCGUUGCAAAAAUUAACAGGAAGAGAAAUAAAGGCUGGUGAUCCACAUACUGCUGAUAUUCAAAAUUACAGCGAAAACCAGAAUGAAGAUGGAAGUGAAAUACUGCAUAGCACCGACAGAGUUGGUGAAAGUUGGACAGAAUCUGAGAUCACUACUCUCGUUCAGAUGAGAGCUGAGGUGGAAUCCAGGUUUGGGCAAAGUGAGUGCCCGGAGGAGGUUCUUUGGGAGGAAGUUGCAAACAAAAUGGCUUGUUUUGGCUGCCAUAAGGCUGCUUCAGUGUGCAAAGACAAAUGGGAAAACAUCAGAAGCUAUCACAAGAAGCGCAAGCAAAAUUCAACUAGUUUUUACUUGGAAACCAAUAAUCAGUCACCCUUGUAUAAUCAAGCAAGCGCUUAUUGUGAUGUCGCCCAACAGCGGACGGAUGGUUCUUCACCUUCAAAUUCUAAUGUUGGAAAUGCUGCUAGAGCCGAUAGUUGUUUUCCUUUGUUUAUGUGUGAAGGAGAAAGUAUGUGGGAAAAUUACGGCUUAAAGCUCAACAAAGGAAACCAAAACCCGUGAGCGACAAGCACUGCUGACGCCUAUGCAAGAUAGUUUCUUCCUUUUCAUUUAUCCUUGAACUAGAUAUGUUUAUGUGCAUUGCACAUAUAUCUUAGAGAAUGAAUUGUACUCAUUAUGACUGACUUGUGAAUAGCGUGAUUUGUUAUAAAUUUUAUUAUAUAUAUUGAUAUAUUGAUACAUCUCAUGAUCAUUGAUGAUCUGAA